AUGUUACAUCGUCACGAGAGAACCUGCGAGGCUAAAGUCCAUUACACAUUCCCUGGCGGUGCGUACAAGACACCACCCACUAUCUUUGAGCUGCUCGAAGAUGAAGGCUUCACCAUUCCACCACAUUUAAAGUACUUUCCAUACAGAGCCACCUUUGACUUCGAAUGCAUGUUUAAUCGUCAGACUGGCCUAAAUAACACCAAAAAACUCACCUGGAACGCCAAGCAUAUCCCUCUAAGUGUCAGUGUCUGCUCUAAUGUCCCAGACUACGACCACCCCAAGUGUUUUGUGUCAACUGGGGACUCCAAACACCUCGUCAAAGAGAUGAUAGACUACCUAGUGGAAAUCAGUCAAAAGAGCUCCGACCUGAUGAAGCAAGAGUUUUCAUUCCUAUUUGAAGCGAUAGACCAAAAGCUAGAAGAAAUAAAACAAAAGUCAGAACAACAGACCGGAGAGAGUGGUACAGACGUUAGCGUCCAAGAAGAUAGCGAUGAUGAAGGAGAAGAUCUUAUGGAGACCGAUGAUGAAGAAGAAGACAUAGAAUCUGAGACAGAAGAAGAUCGUGCCUUCCUGGAUGAUGAAGUGGAAAGUGAGCAAGGUGCCUCGUUUUACCGAGCUUUAGAUCGAGAACGCGAGAACCAGAGUGAUGAUGAAGAGUAUGUGGAUGAUAAACCAGAAGCGAACCAUCCUGAACCUCAGAAGAAAAAAGUCCACCCCUUAAAGAAGCUGAGAGGGAGAUUCGGGGAAUACCUGGAAGAACUCCCGGUUCUUGGUUUCAAUUCUGGAAAAUAUGAUUUGAAUGCUGUGAAAGAAUUUCUCUUCCCUUCCUGGUCCAGAAUGAGCAAGUACAGUUCACCAUAAAACGUAACAACAAUUUCAUGUGCUUGAAGACCGACCACCUUCGCUUUCUCGAUGUCACCAACUUUCUUGCUCCUGGGUUCAGCUAUGCCAAAUUCCUGAAAGCGUACGAAUGUCCGCAAACCAAAGGUUUCUUCCCAUACGAAUGGAUGGAUUCGCUUGACAAGUUAGACCACCCUUCUCUUCCUCCUCACGACGCCUUCUUCUCUACACUGAAAAACGAAAACAUCACAGAGCAAGAGUACCAGUACUGCCAACAAGUGUGGUCUGACAACAACAUGCAGACAUUUAAAGAUUUUCUGAUCUGGUAUAACAACCUUGACGUCCAACCCUUCUGCGAUGCCCUUAAAAAGAUGUGCGCCUUUUGGAAAGACAAGAACAUUGACAUGCUGCGACAAGGAAUCUCUAUCCCCGGUGUCACCUUGACUUAUCUGUUUACAACCCUGGAACCUGGCAUUUUCUUUUCUCUCUUUGACGAGAAAAAUAAAGAUUUAUACACCUUGUUCAAGAAAAAUAUGGUAGGAGGCCCCAGCAUCAUCUUCCACCGAUAUCAUGAAAAAGACAAGACCAAGAUCAGAGAGAGAGAGAUAACAGAUCAAGGCAAAGAACCAAAAAUGUGCCAGAAAGUAGUAGGAUAUGACGCCAACGCGCUCUAUCUCUGGGCCAUCAUGCAAAACAUGCCCACAGGAUCUUUUACGAGACGACGCGAAGAAACCAACUUCAAAAAAGAAAGCUCCAUCAAGAUGGCCACCGAGUGGUUGGAAUGGAAAGCUGAGGAAAUGGGACUUCGCAUACGUCACCAGAUGAACGACACGGAAAAACGCAUAGGUGAAAGAAGGCUCCCAGUGGAUGGUUUUCAUGGUCCUUCACAAACAGUUUUCCAGUUCCACGGCUGUUGGUGGCAUGGUCAUAACUGCUACCUAACUAAAGGAAAGGAAAUGAACGAAAAAAGAAAGAAACCAAUGGCUGAGCUCAGGGAAGAAACUACAGCAAAUUCAAAGUAUAUCAGAGAUCAAGGCUACAAUCUCGUGGAGAUGUGGGAGUGCCAGUGGCGCCGAAUGAAAAAAACUAACUCUGCAGUACAAUAUUUCAUGAACAGAAAGUUUCACCGACCCCUUGACCACCUCCAGACCCUGGAUCAAAAUCAGAUUAUAAAAGCUAUCAGAGACGAGUCUCUCUUUGGUGUUGUCGAGUGUGACAUCACAGUACCUGACCAUCUGAAACCCAAGUUCUCCGAAAUGUGUCCAAUCUUCAAAAAUACGCAGAUUUCUAAAGAAGAUAUUGGUGAAUACAUGCAAACCUUUGCCGAGGAGCAACAUAUCAUGCCUCAACCUCGUAGAAGUCUCAUAGGUAGCUAUUUUGGAGAAAAGAUCUUGUUGGCCACACCGCUCAUUAAAUGGUACUUGGAGCACGGGUUAGAAGUCACCAGGAUUUACCAAGUGGUCGAGUACACACCCUUUCCUUGUUUCCAGCCCUUUGGAGAAGCUGUCUCCGAUGCCAGGCGUGCUGGGGAUGUGGACCCGAACAAAGCCAUCAUCGCAGAUACAAUGAAAUUAGUAAGUAUGAUUUCAUUUGUACAAGCAUUUUGCCACUUUUUUCCUUAUGCAAACCUUAUUAAUGUUCUGAUACAUUAUUUAUUAGGUCGGGAAUUCCAGUUACGGGAAGACGAUCAAGGACCAAGAACGCCACAGAGAGGUUAAGUUCUGCGAAGAAACAAAGGCCUCACGGCUUAUCAACACACCCUUCUUCAGACAGAUUGACCGGAUCGAAGACAACACUUAUGAAGUCCAGUCUUGCAAGAAAACAGUCAAGUUGAAUCUACCCAUGCAAAUCGGAUUUUUUGUUUAUCAGUAUGCUAAACUCAGAAUGCUUCAGUUCUAUUUUGAUUUUCUUGACAAGUAUUUAGAUCGUAGUGAUUUUCAGUAUUGUGAAAUGGAUACAGACUCUGCCUAUAUCGCGAUCGCGGGUCCAUCAGUUGAUAGUUUAGUCAAACCUGAGUUAAGGGCAGAAUUUCAAAAGGAUAAGUUUAACUGGUUCCCCAGAACCGAUACACCAGAGAACAAAGCAUAUGAUAAGCGAACACCCGGUCUUUUCAAAGAAGAAUGGUCAGGGGAGGAAUAA